UGCAAGCUUCUAGUCGCAUCGGGCCGCCGCCGCCAAAAUCUAUUCCGCCAGCCUCGUCGACGUCGUCUCGGUGUCUCGGCGCGUCGCCUGCGGGGAGCAAGGAGCCAAGGUGCGAGCGCCGCCGCAGCGAGCUCGUCCUUCCGAAGGUUAGCAGCAUCCGACAGCCAUGGCGAAGCAUCACCCCGAUCUCAUCAUGUGCCGGAAGCAGCCCGGCAUCGCCAUCGGCCGCCUGUGUGAGAAGUGCGACGGCAAGUGCGUCAUCUGCGACUCGUACGUGCGCCCCUGCACCCUCGUCCGUGUCUGCGACGAGUGCAACUACGGCUCGUUCCAGGGGAGGUGCGUCAUCUGCGGAGGGGUCGGCAUCUCGGACGCCUACUACUGCAAGGAGUGCACGCAGCAGGAGAAGGACCGCGACGGGUGCCCCAAGAUCGUGAACCUGGGGAGCGCCAAGACCGACCUCUUCUAUGAGCGCAAGAAAUACGGUUUUAAGAAGCGAUAGACGGACGAGACAGAUUCUUGGCCAGGUCCUCUGGGCAUCAUUUUCUGCUGUUUGCCGAACGAACAGCGAUGUAUUCGUGUUAUGGUUUGGUACUGAUAGGAGAAUGCAACCCGGUGAUCUUGAUCUGUAAUAACUGUUUGUGAUGUAUGGUCUGAAGUGAGUCUAGCUGGACUCCCAACUGCUUAUGCGGUGCUAUGUGCCGUGACUGUUUGUUGUUGACUUGGAAUGUGGAUCGAGAUGACUGGCUUCC